AUGAGCGCCCAAAACAACAAUCCGCCAGCUCCCAAGAAGGCAGGCCGACCGAAGCGAGAGAUUGAUGGCCGCCUGUUGGAGUCCAUUGAGGGGAUAUAUGCAGACAAUGCCGAGGUUACACUCGAGAUGGUCGCUGAGAUCAUUGGUGACGAAGAUCCUGUCGGCGAUGAAGGCUGGGACCAGGCUGCAGAGGAUCGUAUUACGGUCUCCUGGGAGAUGUCAUCGAGAAAGAGGUCAUCGGACAAAGUUGGCACGAGAGGGAACAAUGACGACCCUCUUCGCGAGCUUUGGCGAUUCUGUCUUCGUUUUAUGAAGCAGGCGCCCCCGAUCAUGCUCUCCCCAGUGAACAGCCUGCAGUUUAUGCCUUCACGCCAGAAGAGCGAUUUCGACAUCUCGACCGACCUUUUUACCCAGGCUGCCUGCGUGACAAUGGCACAACUGGUUGUUCACCCCCUAUGGGGUGGAAACUACCGUCCCUUCGUUGAUGCCUUGAUAUUCGCUGCUUUGUGCCGUGUGGGUGCCAAUACGAACAUCAGCUUGUCUCUCCGGUGGCCCCAUCACUGCCCAGUCAUCCAGGGGCUGAACGCCAAGCUUACUGAGGCCGCAAACAGUGGUCAGCCUUUGACUGAUACGCUGAAAAGGCUUCACAUCGCGGCAAGGGAGACUGUCCACAGACGUGGUGAUGUGGGCAAGGAAAGCGUGUUCUCGGAAGCACUCUUUUGCAUUGGGAAGAAUGUGGUUGCGGAGUCGCCUUCGGACGCUGAACUGGCUCAGCUUCAGCAAGGGAUUGUCCCUUUCCAGGGGAAAGACUUGAAAGCCAUCAAGAAAGCGCUUGAUGAUAUGAUUUCCACUGAUAGUCAAAUGCCGUACUCCGUGGAUGACAUCCAUGCUGCCUUCAAGCUUGUUGGCCAUCGCGGCGAAAUCCCUUCCAGGCAGCUGCUUCAGUCAUUGGACGCUCGCGCAUGCAAGCAGGUCUUUAGGAUAUCUGAAAGACCCGAGAGGUUUGGCUCUGUGAGCCUCCCAUCUGACUAG